GUCAGCGGAAGCUUGGUCCGCUUUCCCUUUGGGCUACCCGCUGUCUGUCACGGGGAACUGGGAAAGGACUCCUAGGGUUUUCUAGGCGCGGCACUAGUAUUGAUGGAGUUUAAAAUUGAACAUACAUGGAAUGGCUUUCCAGUGUCUCAUGAUCCAGUAAUAAUCAGGCUGGCUCCUGCUAAUGCAGGGCUACUUAUGGAUGUGACAGCUCCUUUUUAUAAUGAUCCUCCAGCUCCUACCAGUGAUCCAGGAAAACCAUUCAAUGGACUGUGGAACUACGAGGUUGUAGAAGCUUUCUUCCUGAAUGGUCAAACUGAGCAGUAUUUAGAAGUGGAGCUCUGUCCGCAUGGGCACUAUCUCAUUUUGUUGCUUUCUGGCAGAAGAAAAGUAUUGAAACAGGAGCUUCCUUUAACAUUUGAAGUAUCCAGAACAAGUGAUCAAUGGAAUGGCAGAGCUCAUCUUCCUUGGAGCUACCUUCCACCAGCUACUGACAAAUUUAAUGCUUUCGCAAUCCAUGGGUCAGGUGAAGCUAGAAUGUAUGAAGCCCUCUAUCCUGUACCUCAGCAUGAGAUUCAGAAAGAACAGCAUCCUGAUUUUCAUCGCCUAGAAUAUUUUAAAUGCUUUAACUUGAAGAUGUUAAUGGGAGAAGGCUGGAAGCAGCCGGAAUCAGAUUUCUGGGCACUAUGCAGACAGACCAUUUAAGUAAAUAAGACAAGAGUUCCAAUUGCAAGCACUUUUCCUCCAAAGUUUCGCUGAAUUGGAACUGACUCAAGAAUAUGCACAUUCAUAUUGUAGCCUUACUUUGACUACUGAGGAACAAAGUAAAGGGCUAAACAUGGGGUUACUGCUGAGCUAAGUAAAAUCAUAUUGUGUGUGUAGAGAUUACUUAUAUUAGAUGUCUGACAUGUUUUAAACACACCCACAUUCUUUCUUAGUGUGUGCCUGAGCUCAUGUUUUGCUGUGAAUUUUUUUGGGACAUAGUAAAUCAGCUUCACUUACAGAGCCAUCCUAAACAGAGCUGUGUUCUAUUAAUUCCAUUAAAGUCAAUGGUCUUAGAAAGAGUGAAACUGCUUAGGAUGGCACUAAAAUAAUUUUUAGAGUAUGGUGAAACUUGCACCUUGUUCUGGGCAAUGGAAGUCUGAUCUUUACUAACAAUGGGGGAAAUGCUAAUUAUAGCACAGCACAUCUUGAAAUUUCCAGCUGCCCUUUCACCACAUGGGUUGAAUCCAGUCAUCUUUUUCAUUCAAUCUGUCAUUUCCCUUCCUUAUAACAGCCCCUGUUUCACAUGGCUUUUGUCCAUGGAGGUGCCAUGAUCCUCAGGAAAGACUUUUUGGUAGUCAAAAAUGAUUCUUUCCUCACAUUUUCACCUGUGGAGAAACUAGAUGGAACCAUCCCUAUGUGUUUCCUUGUGUGUCCUGCCAUCUGUCACAAAAAUUUCUACAUUUUAUUUCUACGUUUUACAUGCUUUUGUAUCUCUUGAUAAAUAGAAAAUCAUGUUUUCAAGCUUGUGAUUUUCAGCUGUCAAGCAUAACAUCUUGAUUUAGAUCCCUGCACAGGUCUCUACAGGAUUGCUCCUUUGUUCUGUUUCUGGAUUCCACUCCAGAACAUCUCCAGUAAAGUGUUUCCUGUCUUGUUAUGUUAUGAAAGGAUUUAUUGGUGAUUUGUGUGGAUUCUAAACAAGAAUCUGUUUCGAAUAGCUAAAUAGAACUUCUCAUUUUCUUUACAGAAAAUCUCAGUAUAAAAGUAUCUCAAAGUUCUGCAGAACAUGAGCACGUCAAAGAUUACUGUUGCUGGAAUGUAGAAAUUUUAUGUUUGAAUAGACUGUAAAUCCAUCUCAUAUGCUGAUUUUAAUUUCAAACUGUAGGGGUUAUAGUAUGUUUUCUGAUAAUUAACAUCAGUUAUACAAAAAUAAAAUGCCAAAAAGGAAGAACUGAAGAAGAUAACAGAAUUAGUUGAGACCGGGAGGUCCCUAAUUCAAAUCUCUGCUCUGAAUUCACUUUGUGGUUGUAGAGAAACCAUGCUGUCUUUUCCUCAGUCCCCCAUCUACAGUACAGGAACAAUUUUCUGGGGUGUGGUAAGGACUGAAACAAAAUAAUGUCUGUGAAAUAUUUUAAAUAAUGAAAGUGCAAAAAGCAUAAUCGUCAUCAAUACCUAGUUGUCUCGAAAUCUGUUGUAGCGGAUAGAUUAUCACUCUGUUUUAAAUUUCCAGCCAUAUGCUCCAGUUUUUUCAACUCUAGCAUAUAGUUAUUUACUUCCAGUAACAUCCACUUAACUAGAUGAACCAUAUAUUUUUUGUCCUGUCAUGUGUUGCUGUGUUUCUUCUUACACCAACAGUAAAUGGAUGCUUUUCCUCUUUCGAAAUUCAAGACUUGGGGAUAUUCUCAACUGUGAACAUUUGUGGAGCUGUCUGUUCAUUAUGAAUAAAUAUUUUGAUUUUUCUAAAAUUGUUGCAUUUAACUAGAAAAUAAUAUUGUGAAAAUGUAAUUUAACAUGAGUUAAUUAUUGAUCCAUUAAUGUAUUGUAAACUAAGAAUAAUCUGAGCUCUGCCUGUUCACUGAAUAUAUAAAGCAGGUUUUCUUUUCUCACGCUAAAUUAGCUAUGCUUUAACUGUAAAUAAAUAAUAAAUGGAACAAUAUUGA